ACGUGCUCUAUUCUUCUCACGUGCCUCACUAGUCAUUUCCCGCCAAAUCUUCCCUCCAAAAACCCUUCCCCUUCCGCCCCGUCUCAGUUUUCUCUCCAAUUUAGUCCGCCUACACAGACAGAGAGAGAGAGAGAGAGAGAGGAAGAAAUAUUGUGGGGUUAGAGAUCGAGAGAGAGAGAGAGAGAGAGGGAGAAUGUCGGGGUGGGAUGAAGGAGCGGUAUACUACAGCGACCAGGCGCAGUUCCCGGAGGAUGCAGGUGCAGAGAACGCGGCAGUAAGCCGACACUCUAUCCUGACGAAAUUCAAGGAGUUCGUCAGAAAUUUCGAGACGGAGAAGAACAGUUUUCCUUACAGAGAGAGCCUCCUCAACAACCCCAAGAGGCUUCUCGUCCACCUCGAAGAUCUCCUCUCCUUCGACUCCGAUCUUCCCUCCUUGCUCCGUUCCUCCCCUGCCGAUUACCUUCCCCUGUUUGAAACGGCUGCUGCGGAGGUUCUGGCCAGUUUAAAGAUGAAAGUGGCGGGAGAGACUGGAGAGAUGGUGGAGCCUCAGACUGGAGAUGUGCAGAUUUUGCUUACUUCCAAUGAGGAUCCGGUGUCCAUUCGCUCACUUGGGGCUCAAUAUAUAUCAAAGCUGGUUAAGAUUGCUGGAAUUAGCAUUGCUGCUUCAAGAGUAAAGGCAAAGGCAACCUACGUGUCUUUAAUUUGUAAGAACUGUAAGAAUAUUAAGGAGGUCCCAUGCCGCCCAGGCCUUGGUGGGGCAAUUGUCCCUCGCUCGUGUGAUCAUAUUCCCCAGCCUGGUGAAGAGUCUUGUCCUAUUGAUCCUUGGAUUGUUGUUCCCGAUAGAAGCCAGUAUGUUGAUCAACAAACCCUGAAACUGCAGGAGAAUCCUGAGGAUGUUCCAACAGGAGAGCUUCCUAGAAACAUGCUUCUGUCAGUGGAUCGUCAUCUUGUGCAAACGAUUGUACCUGGAACAAGAUUGACAAUCAUGGGAAUUUAUAGUAUAUUCCAAGCUGCAAAUUCAUCUGCCUCGCACAAGGGAGCAGUGGCAAUUAGACAGCCUUAUAUCAGGGUUAUAGGAAUGGAAGAAGCAAACGAGGCAAGUUCACGCGGUCCUGCUACCUUCACACCUGAAGAGGUAGAAGAAUUCAAAAAAUUUGCCUCCAGCCAAGAUGUCUACAAAACCAUUUGCUCCAAGAUUGCCUCUUCUAUAUUCGGUCAUGAUGAUGUCAAGAGGGCUGUGGCUUGUCUUUUGUUUGGGGGAUCGAGGAAGAAUUUGCCAGAUGGGGUGAAGUUAAGAGGUGAUAUCAACGUGUUGCUUCUGGGGGAUCCAUCUACUGCCAAGUCACAGUUUCUCAAAUUUGUUGAGAAGACAGCUCCUGUAGCCGUUUAUACUUCUGGAAAGGGCUCGUCAGCAGCUGGUCUUACGGCUUCUGUAAUUCGAGAUAGCAGCUCUCGUGAAUUUUAUCUUGAAGGAGGAGCCAUGGUUUUGGCAGAUAGAGGUGUUGUCUGCAUUGAUGAGUUUGACAAAAUGAGACCAGAGGAUAGGGUUGCUAUUCAUGAAGCUAUGGAACAGCAGACAAUAUCUAUUGCCAAAGCAGGAAUAACAACUGUUCUUAAUUCUAGGACCUCAGUGCUUGCAGCUGCUAAUCCUCCCUCUGGGCGAUAUGAUGACCUUAAGACUGCACAAGACAACAUUGAUUUGCAGACAACAAUUCUUUCUAGAUUUGACUUAAUCUUUAUUGUAAAGGAUAUCAGGAAGUAUGACCAAGAUAAGGAUAUAGCUAGCCAUAUAAUAAAAGUCCAUGCAUCUGCUGACGCAGCCAAAGGCGAUAACAAAGGUUCUAAAGAACAGAAUUGGCUCAAGAGGUACAUACAGUACUGUCGAACUGAAUGCCAUCCCCGUCUGUCAGAAUCUGCAGCUGUAAAAUUACAGCAGUUAUAUGUCAAAAUCAGAGAGGUACUCUUUAGUACUAGCUCAUAUCAUGAAAGAUGCUUGUCAGUUCAUGAAAUAAACUUGCAUAUUAUAGCGGCUGAUAUUAUUUUUAACAUCAGGUCCCAUGUUGCUACUGAAGAUGAUGUGGAUGCAGCAUUCAAACUCUUUGAUUCCUCCACAAUGGAUGCUGCAAGGUCUGGAAUAAAUGAACAUAUUAACGUUACUGGAGAAAUGGCAAUUGAGAUAAAGCAAGCAGAAACCCAGAUCAAGAGAAGAAUGGGCAUUGGAGCUCGCUUAUCAGAAAGAAGACUGAUUGAAGACCUCAGUAGGAUGGGGAUGAAUGACUCUAUGGUGCGAAGAGCUCUUUUGAUUAUGCAUCAGAGGGGUGAAGUUGAAUACCAAAGAGAGAGGCGUUCUAUCGUUCGAAAAGCAUAAUCUGUUUCGAAACUGUCUGAAACCUCAACCGAUAUGUGUGAGCAAAUAAAUAUUGUCUGAGCAAAUCAUUAGAUCAUCUCGCCAAGUUAUAAAUGUUUGUGAGAGAAACAUUGUUUUCUAGUGUAUUGUAUAGGGGAUAGUGAAUGUAGGUACAAGCUAGAGUCUGGAGAGAAUUUUACAAGCAAAUAUAUAUAAAUCGAUGAUCAAGUGUUGCUUUUGAUUGUGUA